GCUUGUGUGAGGGAUGAGGCUGUGCACAGGGACGCCAGGCCAGAGCUGCGGCCUACUUCUUCUCACAAGAGCCGGGCUCUCAACUGCAAGAUCUGUGAACACAUUGCCACCAUCAAAUCAGCAUCUUUGGUCAUCAGGUAGAUCCAGGAGCAUGAACAGGAUUUUGAGCUGCGGGAGCAGAUGUCUGGGUAUAAGCGCAUGCGGCGGCAGCACCAGAAGCAGCUGAUCGCCCUGGAGAACAGGCUAAAGGCCGAGAUGGAUGAGCACCGGCUUCGGCUACAGAAGGAAUUGGAGACACAUGCUAAUAACACCUAUAUUGAACUGGAGAGACUCGCUAAACGACAUGCUGCUCAAACUGACAAAGAGUUGAAGUCGGCAGCAGCUGAGGAGAAGAGGAUCCAGCAACAGAUUGUUGCUCAGCAAAAGAAGGAGCUGACUACCUUCUUGGACAACCAGAAAAAGGAGUAUAGGCUUUGCAAAGAGAAGAUCAAAGAAGAAAUGAAUGAGGAUCCUAGUACACCUAAAGACGAAAAGCAGGAACGUCUGUCCAGGCACAAAGAAACAAUGCAGCGCUCGCAGGCAGAAGAAGAAUCCCAUUUGCUGGCCCAGCAGAGGCUAGUCUACGAACGAAGUUGUAGGUCCCUAAAGCGCCGGACACUAGUCAAAAGGCACGAAUUUGAACAGGAGCAAAUAAGAGAGGAGCUGAAUAAGAAGAGGACCCAGAAGGAGAUGGAGCAUGCCCUGAUGAUCCGGCAGGAUGAGUCCACCCAGGAACUGGAGCGCAGACAUCUGCAGAUGCUACAGAGGCUACGUACAGAGCUCGUCCGACUGCAGCAUCAAACAGAGCUUGAAAACCAGGAAGAGUACAAUGGCCGGCGGCAGAGAGAACUCCUUAGGAAACACUCCCUGGAGCAGCGGCAGCAGCCUAGAAACCUCAAGACGCUGGAGAUGCAGAUUAAGAAACAGUUCCAGGAUACAUGCAAGGUGCAGAACAAGCAGUACAAAGCUCUCAAGAACCAUCAGCUGGAGGUCUGUCCUAAAGGCGAGCACAAGGCCAUUCUGAAGAACCUAAAAGAGGAGCAGACACGCAAGUUGGCUGUGCUGGCUGAGCAGUAUGAGCAGAGCAUCAACGACAUGAUGGCCUCACAAGCGAUGCAUUUAAAGGCAGAGCAGGAAAUGGAGUGCCAAGCACUGAGGCAGCAGCUGCAGCAAGAGAUGGAGCUCCUGGAUGCCUACCAGAGCAAAACCAAGUCACAGAUAGAAACCCAACAUGAGCGAGAGCAACAGAAGCUUGAACAGAAGGUUUCCAUACGCAGAGCCCACCUUGAACAGAAGAUUGAAGAGGAGCUGGCCUCACUUCAGAAGGAACGUACUGAAAGGAUCAAGCAUCUGUUUGAACGUCAGGAGAGAGAAAUAGAUGCAUUUGAUGCAGAAAGUGCUAGGCUUGGGUUUGGAAGUUUGGGAUCUCUGGACUUCCCCAAAGAAGACGACAGAUGA